UUCGGCUUCAUGCUGCACACGCACACAUCGUCUCCUCUGACUGUCUGUGUGCACAUCAAAGAAGAAGCUCGGUCAGGACUCUGCUCGGACAGUAGUGUAGUACGAUCGAGGACGGGCUGUGUGUGUGUUGGUGUGCAUGUGUGUGUAGAGGUCAGUGUUGAUCCAUGUGCUUAAGAUAAAGCAAGACAAGUGAUUUUUUUGGUUAGAUUUUUUUUUUUUUUUGCCCCCCAGACGUGAGAACUUUUUUUCACUCACGUAAGGACCUACUGCUGCCUCUUGAGCCAGUGUCGACUCUCUCGACAGGAUGACAUGGCGUCCUCAGUACCGCAGCUCCAAGUUCCGCCACGUGUUUGGUAAGGCCGCCACCAAGGAGAGCUGCUAUGAUGGUGUGCCAAUCACACGCAGCGUCCAGGACAACAACUUCUGUGCUGUCAACCCACGUUUCCUGGCAGUCAUCACUGAGUGUGCCGGGGGAGGGGCCUUCCUGGUCUUGUCUGUCCAUCAUACGGGUAAAGUGGACCCUCACCAUCCCCGAGUAUCGGGCCACAGAGGAAAUGUGUUAGAUGUCAAAUGGAAUCCUUUCAACGACUACUGCAUUGCCUCGUGCUCUGAGGAUGCCACGGUGAAAGUGUGGGAAAUCCCUCCUCAUGGCGUGCUGAAGAACCUCACAGUACCAUGGAAGGAUCUUCAGGGUCAUAGCCGGAGAGUGGGCCUCAUCGAGUGGCACCCGACUGCGAACAACAUCCUCUUCAGUACAGCCUAUGAUUACCAGGUGAUGAUCUGGAACCUGGACUGUCCCGAGCAGGUGAUUAAGAACCCCAUACGGACAGUCAGCCACCACACAGACGUCGUUCUCUCCAUGUCUUUCAACACAGACGGCAGCCUCUUCGCCACCACCUGCAAAGACAAGAAGAUCCGACUCAUGGAGCCACGUUCAGGAAACCUGCUGCAGGAAGCCAGCUGCAAGACGCACAAAGCCAGCAAGGUGCUAAUCCUGGGUAACACGAAGAUGCUCUUCACAUCAGGCACUUCACGUUGGAACGAUCGACAGUUUGCUCUGUGGGAUCAGGACGAUAUGUCCGUGCCUUUGUUAGAGGAGAACCUGGAUGGUUCGUCAGGAGUCAUUUUUCCUUUCUACGACCCUGACACACACAUGCUCUACCUUGCUGGAAAGGGUGACGGAAAUAUCAGGUACUAUGAGAUCAGCUCAGAAAAACCGUAUAUCCAGUACCUAACAGAGUACCGCUCGCACCUACCUCAGAAAGGAAUGGGCGUGAUGCCUAAGAGAGGUCUGGACGUGAGCUCCUGUGAAGUUUUCAGGUUCUACAAACUGGUGACAAUCAAGAGUCUCAUCGAGCCUCUUUCCAUGAUCGUACCCCGCAGGUCGGAGUCAUACCAAGAAGACAUCUAUCCAAUGACAGCUGGCAACAAACCUGCUCUGUCUGCAGAGGAGUGGCUCGACGGCAUCGAUAAAGGUCCGGUGCUAAUGUCUCUGAAGCCUGGAAGUCAAAUAGCAGAGUCGUACUCAGAGAUGAGCAAGGGGAUGGGGAACUCAGUGGACACUCGCAGGUCUCAGAGCAGACCAGGAAUGCUGCAACUGGCGUAUAUUCAUGAUCAACUGGGAACCAAAGAUGGCAUGGAGGACAGCGGCCGUACAGAGGACGAGAGGAAUAGGACACCUGUUAGCAACGGGGAAGACCUUGCACUUUGCUCUCCGCCUAGGACAGAAAAUGAGCUGCGUCUGAAGUUCCACAAGCAGCAGGAGGAAAUCCGACGGUUGAGGGAACUCCUGAGCCAGAGGGACGUGCGUAUCAAACAGCUGGAGCUGGAGAUUAAGAACAUCAAAAACUCCCAGUCUCACUCACUUUAAGACUUGCCUGACCCACGACCUCACCUUCACCCCCUGGUGGGAGCACAUGCAUUACUGUACAAACUUAUACCCUUCUUCAAACCACCGCACCUCUACUUCCUGAUGCACCUCUUCUCCUUUAAUGAGCCCACCACACUCACUGCACACACGGGGGAUUUAAACUUUGUGUUUUCUUUCCGUCUGUCAGUUUCACACACGGUGCACAUAUUCUUUGUUCAUGUACAUACAUUCAGACACGGAGUCUCGCCCAACUGUAACAUGAUUUAAAACUCUUUGCACCUGUUGACCUUUACCCUGUUUCUUUUAUACGCUUCACAGCUAUGCAAGUUAAUUGUACUUUUUAGCUUUUUUAUGCUCUUUGUAGCAGAGAGAUAAAACGGAUGUCUGCUCCUGUCUUGACUGAAUGAUGUGGCUCUCUGCGUGUUGUUUGAAAGUUGUUGCAGGGCAGGAGCAGACAUUCUGUUUGAUUGUACGACAUUGAUGAAUUUAUUUUCUACGCUUGGUGAUUGUUUUAUUUUCUUCUAAUAUUUAAACUACUGUAAGUGGAGAUGGCUGUGGUAUUUUAAUGUUUGUGUGCUUGAAUGAGAGUGAUCUAAAUGAAUGGCGAUAUCAUGAUCCCAGCUGUAUUCAUGUGUUGUGUUGAGCUGCAUUUUGUUUUUAUUUUUUAAUGACUGGAAAAUUGGUGAAAAAUCAAUCCGUUUCACCGCAGCUAUUAUAUAAGCCAAUUCUGUAUCUGAUGCCAUGUAGCAAUUCUUAAUUUUAUAUUUAUUUUAAAAUACAGUCAAAGAAAAAUUAUUAUUAAAUCAAGUACUUGAAUUCGCAAUUGUAAUUUUGGAAAAUACAGCAUGCACACUGUUUUUAAAAGGACAAAAAGGCUACUUUAAUGUUUCCUGAUGUGGCGUCACUGUGAGGCAACAAUUUAAAGCCAUUGUAGAGCUGAAGUCCUGCACCAUAUGUGGGUUAGCUUGUCUUCCACAAGCUUUCAGUUCUGAAUGUGUUUUCUGUAAGAGGGUGUCCUUUGUCGCUGUCUGGAAAAAACUGAAACAUUAUACUGGGGUUUUCUGUUUAUAUUUUAAGGGGACAGUUUCACCCUAAAAUCCAAAAUAUAUAUAAUUUCUCUCAUCUGUUGUGCUAUUUAUCAAUCUACAUUUUUUUGGUGUGAGCUGUUUAGUGUUUGCAACAUCAGCUGUAGAGAUCUCUGCCUUCUCUCGAAUAUAAUAGAGCUAGAUGGCGCUCAGCUUGUGGUGCUCAAAGUGCCAGAAAACAUUCUUCUCUCAAGAAAUUGUGCCACAAAAACACAAGAUAAUCCACAAAUCUUAUUGUGAGUAGUUUUAUAUAUGAACUAUUUUUCUUUCUACAAAACGCCAGCUGUAUCACAGUGCAGAGGGAGCCAUGCUGUGCAGUGUGCCAGGGACAGUUGGUUAGAGUCGCCCUGCAUGCACAAAGUGACAUGACUUACUGUUUGCAUCACAUGGCUAACGUUAUCUAACGGUUGUUAAUGCGUUCUGUGAGCGAGUCGAGCCGUUUUGUGUCAUUACGCGUUUGUUUGGACCAUUUAAUAUCUCAGUGUUGAAUGUUAGCUGCUGUGUUGCUCAUGCUAACCAGGCAGACGUUGAACUGCUGGAAGGAGAGCGGCCUCAGAGACAGCAGCAACAGAAAGUUUGCUAAUUCAGCGACGAGUCGGGACGGUCGAUAUUUUAUUUUAGUCGAUAACUUAAAGAUAUUUUGUACCCAGCCCUAUUCACAGUUAAUUCUCAGUUUAAAAAAAUCUCUGCUCAAGGUGUCUUACUUAUUUUUGUUCAUUCAUUCAUUCGCAGAGGGGCUAGAGCCCAUUUUAGCUGUCAUUGGGCAAAGAGCCUUAACAGUUUUCGUUAACAGAUGAAUUUUGUAAGUAAGUGGAUCUUGUUUAGUUUAUCAACUGCUGUUUCCAAGGUAAAGAAUGAUUUGUCAAGCUCAACUUUUAAGACAACCAUGUUGAUAAAUCCCACUACAGAUGAGUAGAUAUUUGUUUUUUUAACUAUAAAAUGGAGAGAGAAGUAUGAUGUUUCAGCUUUUAGAGAAACCCUCUGUGUGAAAUGACAAAUGAAGCUCGUGGAACAGAAGUGACUUCAACAGGCAGACUUCAUAUAAAUUUUACUUACAUGUGACAGGCAGCUCAUUGAUGUUUUUAAAUGCUUAGCUGUGAUGAUCUGUUUAAGAUUAAAUAUCUUAAAAAUAUGUAAUCCUGAUGGCACAUAGAAAUGUAUUUCCCCCCCAUGUAACUUCUGAAUAAUGUUCAUAGAUUUUGCCCAAUUUGUCACUCAGACUGUAAACAUUCCCUUCUCUCUAAUCUCCAUGAUGAAAGGAACGGUUCUUUGAUUGGCAUGUAAAUAUGCAAAGAUGUGACAGAAGCGCUUGCAAAAUACUGUAUUAGGCAACAAUAUAACUGUUGAUCCACAGAUAACCGCUUAGAUCCAGCACAAACUACCAUGCAUGCCUGUGUUUAUGUAGUCAGAGGCACAAACACCAUAAUGAUAUUCUAGAUUUGGUUUACAUUUUAUGGACACUUCAGAGAUGUAACAUGGAAACUGCCAAACCGACCCACACACAUACAGACACACUGCCCUCAAUACAAUUGUGAACCUUUUGACCCCUGGCAGGGACAGUUCCAGCACAGCUUCAUCUGUGGCUGACUUUUGUCCAGGAGCAGCAACGUCCGACCAGUUUAAACUGUAAACCACAGCUGCUGCUGGUCGACAAGUCUCAACACAUUCCCAAAGCCUGCUGCUGUUUUUACAGUCGGCCAGUUGACUUUCUUAUUGACUGAUUUGGCUCUUUGAACCCAUCACAACAGUUGAAGGUGACCUGUUUUACUUCCAGAACCAUUUCAACCAGAGUAGAAUUUCCCCAUCCAAAAAAUAAUAUUUGUAUUUUUUUAUAAUAUUUCUGCCUCUCAAAAAUCUGCCUGGAUAUUCAAAUGAAAAAGGAUUGUUUAAAAAGUCAGCCAACACUGUGCAUCUAAAGAAAAAUCUUAGGUUAACAUGGGAACUCAAUGCUUGAUGCAGUUCAUUUCAAAAACAAAUACUGCACAUUUCUAGCUAAAUAAAAAUGCAGCUGCCAUUUUGGAGACCAUUUCUUCAGUACUGUUUUAUAGUGAAUGAAAUGUCAAUUGCAGAUUUUUUGUUAUAUCACAUACAUAGAGCCUCGAAA